UCAUGUUUCUUUCAUACCUUAUUUCAUAUUUUAGUGGAUCACAUUGAAUUUAUUUUACUCUUUACUCGUAGUUUCCAACGAUAGGAGCAGUAUGUAAUACUAUGAAGUGAUACAUAAUACUGUUAAAGAAAUAUACCAAAGGGUUUUUUUAGUGUAGAAGUUUAAUUUACGACGGCAUCAUAGAAAUCCCAUUGCCUACAGUUAUCAUCAUCAUCAUCAUCAUUGUAAUAAUCAUAGUCAUCAUUCUCAUCAUAAUUAUAAUCUGUCUCAAUCGUGAUACUGUGUUGGACGAACUGACCUGAGCUGCUGCUUUGAAACUUUUCUUUAAGGACUUGAGAAGUUCCUUUCUGAACAUGGCGCUACACAGAUCAAAGGCGGCUACAUGCUGCGAUACAAACGGAAAUAUUUAUGGAACUCCUGGUCUGAAGAAUGGGUGGUUCUGUAUGACGACUCAACUAUGGCAUGGUUCAAGGACGCAUCAGGAAAAUGCAUGGCGACUCAAAAGCACCUGGUGAAGGAGUGUCCGGAGAUGCUGGCCAUCUCGACGUGGACGGGUCAGGUGCCGCGCAGACCCACCUUGCCGCCAGGGGCCAAGCUGUCACAGCUGAUGGCGCUUGGCUCCCGGCGAGACCCUGGCCACGUCGUCUGGAUGCUCGCAAAAUCUGAUGCUGAGAUGAAGGAUUGGAUGACGGCAAUAUCGAAAACGCUACCAGCCCCUCCCCACAUUGAGCUGGUGAUGGCCAUGCCGUAUCUCCGCACAGCAUUCAAGAGACCCACCGUUAGAGUGAGACCAGCCACAUCAUCAGAGAUGUACACCAGGAAUGCCCGCAGUGCUGUGGGAGCCCUGGACGGGCGUGGGCUGGUGGCCGUCAUCAAACGCCAGGUGCCUCUAGCUGGACAACUUGACCAUCAGCUCGCUUGGGGACAAGGCUGGGGGUGGGUCACCUUGCCUAACGGAGUUUGGAGCGGACGUUUGACCUGGUCUCAAGAGGGCGAGGACUUUGCUCUGCACGCGAUGCCAAUCAUGCACCACACCAACGUCUCCCAAGCCUGUUCCAUGCUGGAUGGAGUUACAGCAUACGAGGCUUCUGUCUACGAGCAGGCCUUAGCAGAGUAUGAUGAUACCGGCACCUCCGACGACUGGGACUUUGGAGUCGACUGUGGAGACUUCAUGAUGUAAAACCUUCAAAAAACAAUAACAUCUUUAUAAGUCUAUGGAAAAAUGCGCCAUUUUUAAAAAGGAGCCUUUCGUUUUCGAACAAUUAUGGAUAUUGGUAUCUUAACGAAUGAUAAAUAACUUUCAUCGUUUAAACUGCACCAUAGUUUUGUUGCAAAUCGUGUAAUCGUAUAUCGAAAUCUAUCUUUAAGUAAAAAUGGCGUGUUUUUUCCUAGACCAUCAUAAAUUUUCCAAAGGACACAAAACUCUUUUGGUUAGAUUAAUAACACUCACAGUUUUCCUAAAACUAUUACUUAUUGGUCUAACCAAAAAGUUUACUACAUCGUCUUAUUUUUUCAAAGAGUGUCCAUUUAAAUAAAGCGUUGUACUUAUAUUUUGAAAUAUUAAAAUGCCAAAUAUAUUUUGUGUUAAAUUAAAUAUUUAUGUAUAUUUACAAAAUGUGCGGGUCACAAAAAAGUAUGUGCCAAUUGUAAAGUUCAUAAAUUGAAUGAAAUUCUCUAAACAUCUUAUGAAUGUGGAAAAAAAAGAUUAUUUUUAAUUUAUUCCUUCCGAAUUUCCGAUUUGUCUUUGCCGAGUCUUUCAAAAUUUGUCAAAAAACAAAAAUAAUUGUCGAUGCUUAAUCAAAGAUUAAAGGACAGAAGUGAUACUUCUCUCAUCGGCUGCCGUCUCGGAUACAGUAGGUACUUAUACUGAUAAUAUUGAUAAAUAAUAUUGUACAGUCUACUUCCAGGCGAGUAACGACAUAGUUAAAAAACUAAAUAAUGUUUCAUGUCGUGAGUCGAUACCACAAUCCUGAUUAAGCAUCCAAUUUCCUAACUAUGCAUUAAAUAGAUGUGCUCUAUAGAGAUACUGCAUGAUGUCAUAGAAAAAAUGUGUGUAGCCAUGAAAUUCUAUAGAUUUUUCGAAUUCUUGAAGUUUGGCCUAUUGAUAAAGCCUAGGAUGUUCAAUGUAGGUUUAGCACAGUCUCGACCUCUCAGAGCGAUAUUUAUUUAGGUAAAAUAUUAUUUAUGAAAUGUUUGAUACUGUCUUGUCUUAAUCUUUGAUAAACUGUAACGUUGAUUGUUUUCUCAUAUCCACGUUUUCUUAUACAUAAAAUGCAUUUUGACGUAUUAUUAAUGAUGUUAAAAAAUAACACAAAUUUCGAGAUAAAACCUUUUUAAAUUUUGGUAAAUGAACGACAGAAGUUUUCGAAGGUUUUAUGUGAUUACACAGAUCAGGGUACACGUUUGUUCUGCUUUAUUGAAAACUUUUUCAUGUUCACUGAAUACCGAAUGUCGCACAAAAUGAGAGUUACUUGAGAAUGAUAAAUUAUUUAACACAUAGGAUAAAUAUAUUCGAUGCUUGUCCCCUGAUAACACCAAUUACGAAUUGAGAAAGUAUAUACUCAUUGGAUUCGUAAAUAAAAUACUUUAGAAGUAAGUUGAUGUUAGUAUUAGUAAAUGUGGUCGGUAGAAACAUACCCUAACUGAACGAAAUAUAACGUGGAGGUCUUUUAAAUAUUACCAUCAUUUUUUAAAGAAUCCCUUUUAUUCGAAAUCAACGUUUUUGGUAUAUUGUCGGUAUAGUUAGGUGUGUGGUAUUUAGUACAAUUAUUUAAAGAAAAUAUCUAGUCGCUAUAAAAUCUUCCGACCUACCCAAAGACUGCCUAACGUUAUUUACCUAAUACCUGUGUUGUGUGUAACCCUAGGCAUGGUAAACGCGAUUUAAUGUCCCUCGCCCCGCGAACGCUACAUUGCAAGAUUCUACUAGAACUACCCAGCAAAUACUAUUUAACAUCAUUCAUGAAAGUGCUAGCAUUAAAUUAUGCGAUGGUCAGUUAAACUAUUGAAAAUUAUUUCAAAAAUACUUACUCAAAUAUUUAUAAAGAUUUCUUGGUCCGCGUAUUUUAAUAUUGAGAUGGUAGCGUAUCAAAACAAAAGAGAAUGUGAUCUAUUCGAUACUAGGCAAAAUACACAGACAGGCACUUAAUUAAUUAUUUGUCCUAUCUGUGUUUACGCUGGUGCGUACUACGUUUAAUCUAUGACCAUUCAAACGAAGUUUUGACAGUUUGACAGCUGCUACAAGAUGGCGCAUGGCGGGAAAUCUCUCAAAAUAAUUUAUGGUCUUGCAAUGUAGCUAUAGAUGUCGUAGCCAAAUUAUUGUAUUAUACGAAUAUAAAUUAGAAUAAUAAUUAUUAGACGUUUAUAAGAUAAAUUAAUAUUUACCGCAACUUACAUUUCUUUUGAUGUUAGAUAUUUUUUGUGGAGGAAGUUUUUUAAGUGUCGUGCCAUUUUAUUGUUUAUUGUGCCAAUAUGGACGGAACUCCAAUUAAAUUAAUUUAUUGUAUGUCAUGAUGGAGCGUUUAUUGUAUGCCAUAAAGGUGUCUAUCCAACAUAUUCCUGUCUCCUUUUACGUAAACACUAAUCAAAGACCCAGCUAUUUUAAACAGUGACUACAACGCUUUGCCGAUACGUAAAGCGUUUUGUGCACUUUAGGUUUUUGAGCCUGACCUAAUAUUAAUAAUUGAGGGGUCUUUGACGAUUACCAAAACCUUCUAAUCUUUGAAAAAAGCAAUUUAAAUGUUUCUUGCACACAAAAACGUAUUCACACAGAUAUUUUUAAGUAAACAAAAACACACCUAAGUAUUUUAUUUAUUUCUUUAUUAAUAUACACGAUUAUUUGUAAAAUUAAUGGUUAUUUAGACAGCAAUAAGGCGUUGCGUUGAUCGUUAUCAUACGUUCAGACGUCUAGGUAAUACGACAUAUUUUUGUAUGAGAUGCUUGUAUGUUUGGUUUCGAUGUAAAACCCUCUCAAUGUGUUCGAUUCAUUCGUGUUUAGUGUAGUUUUAUCACUAUAAUAAAUUAAUUUCGACGCGCUUGUUCGACAAUUUCCUUUAUUUUGUGUAAAAAUUGUCUGCACAAAUAAGUUUCUGAUGUGAUAUUUAUUUCUGGUGUCAAUGGGUCUUGUAUUAUGAACCCGUGAUAGUUAUGAGAUGUUUAACUCGAGAGAUGUGCUUGCUAGUCAAUUUGAAAGAACUGAAAAGUGAUGCGAAGAAUUUUGGAAGUGUAAAUUAUAACAUGGAUGGGUAACAAAACGAAAAGAGUUGUUGAUAAGUCACCAUAGACUUCUACGACUCUGAGAAAGAUUAAUGUUUUUGUACCUUAAGGUAACUCCAUGGAAAAGCAAAACGUAAAAGGGAUUAAGUCACAAAAAUGUUCUACAAGUACUUACUUAUGAAAUAAAACAGAGUGAGUGAAUAGGUUACUUCUAAGUAAGUGUGUUUCAUCUUCGACCACAUUAUCGUUUCCCAACAGGUGAGAUAAUGGUCAAACGCGAGCCUAUCAGCAAUAAAAAGAAAAAGAAA